UAACGCCUCUGUUAACCUAGAUUCGGCUUUCUAGCGGAACUCAAUGUGAUGCGAAAUUGUCGUGGUAACUUGUCAGGUUUGCCUGGUGCGGUCUACGUGUGGAAUGCUCUGUAAAUGAAACGUUGUCCGUCGCUGUUCAUCUCGUUUAUACUUCCAUGCCAGUACACCGUCACCCCGAUGCAUAUGCAUUUCUUAAGGAAAAACGAAUCUACGACCUGAAGAAGAAGAACCAAGAACUGGAAAAGUUCAAGUUUGUUUUAGAUUACAAGAUUAAGGAAUUGAAGAAACAAAUCGAGCCACGAGAAAACGAUAUCAAAAACUAUAAGGAACAGAUUCAGGAGAUGGAAUCAGAACUACAGCGAUUCCACAAACAGAACAAUCAAUUAGAGAUCAACAUCGCCGAGCUACGACAAAAGUACAAAUCAGUUGAAAAAGAGCUCAUACAGGAGCGCCAAGCUACUCGUGAUGUGGAAGCUUUGGUGCGCCGCUUCAAGACAGAUUUGUUCAACUGCGUUGGAGCGAUUCAAGAUCCCAAAACCCUGAAAAGCAAUGUCGUUGCCCUAUACAAAAAACACAUACACGAAGACAUGAGCGUGCAGAAUAGUCAGACCGGUGAGGCGAGCGUUGAUUCUGAUAUUCAAAAAGAAUUUGCCAGACAAAGGGAACAUUUGGAACGAUCGAUCGCCGGACUGCGUAAGAAGCUGGCAAAGGACACGGAGCUUCAUCAUCUUGGCUACGUCCGAGUGAUGCAGGAAAAUGUUAGCUUGAUCGCUGAAAUCAACAGCCUACGACAGGAACUCAAGCUAUGUCGCAACCGUAUCACCGAGCUGGAGGCCACUCUGGGCCUCAAUCGUAAACAGGGCGAAACUGCCCGACAGUUACUGAACCAAUUAAGCAAGAAUCGACCAGAUGCAAAUCUUCGGCUGGAUUAUGAACAGGCGCAACGAACGCUGAAUGCGCAGCAAGAGAAACAGGAUCCAACGUUGAUCUUGCGACCCCACUUAAGAAGCCUUUGCCUCCUAUCAUUGGCAAUAAGCUCCUUGGCGAAGAUACCGCAUCGACUUGAGCACAGCCGAAGCGGUCUUUCCGUGGUCAGAACAAUGAACUUUCCUUCUGCGGGUGACAUGCAACAUGGUUUCUCUGGACAACGUGUGUGUCAUUACGAGAAGCCACUUUGUAACCUAUUGCGUCGAGUGACCAAUGAAGACCAGACCCUCCACAAUUCAAUACUUCUUUCGAGCUAUGCAUACUUACUUACGAAUAAUAAUCACUACAACAAUGGAAAUGAUAUGCAAGUUCCACUCCAUCUCAUUGGUCUGAUAUGA